AACAGCCGGGGGCGAGUCUUUAUCAUCGCAGAAAAAUUCAGCGGGAGGGGUGGAUGCUGCUGGGCAGAGGAAACGCUGCGGAGGAAACGGCAGGCGGCUGAGGCAGCGCUCCCGACAGCUCGGGGAGGUGCACGCUGUUAUUUGGAGUACGAGGCACAUGGAGGAUUUCCAGGAUGCGCUCCCUUCGUAACGGAGCGUUGCUCAAGGCUCGGUAGUUGGGAAGAGCUCGGCAAAUUAAAUCCUGCUCCGACAAGUUUUGGAGGAGCUGAUGUAAAUAAACACCGCUCCCUUUCCUGCCUCGUGCUUGGCUGCUUCGGACGCGGCAUCUCCCCGAGCACGGCCAAAAUUCCCGCAGGGAUUUCUCCUUGGGAGCCGGAGCGGGUCCGGAGCACCGGGGGCAGCGCAGCCCCGGCACCGAGCGAGGUCACUUUGCACAGCGAGGACCUGCAGUUUGUCCUCGCCAUGGCCACGGUGGUGACGGAGAAGCUCAGCCGGCUCUUCAUCAACGUGCGGCAGCUCCCGCAGCUGCUGGGGCCGCUGUCCCCGGGCACGGUCAGCAGCGCCGAGGUGCCGCCGGUCUUUUGGAAGCCCUACAUCCACGGUGGCUACCGGCCCGUGCGCCAGACCUGGCGCUAUUACUUCUCCACGCUCUUCCAGCAGCACAACGAGGCCAUCAACGUGUGGUCGCACCUGGCGGCCGCCCUGGCGCUGCUGCUGCGCUCGCAGCAGCUCCGGCAGCGCGUGGACUUCGGGCAGGACGAGCACGCCCGGCCCCUGCUCAUCAUCCUGGCCGCCUCCGUCACCUACCUGACCUUCAGCAGCCUGGCCCACCUGCUGCAGGCUAAAUCCGAGUUCUGGCACUACAGCUUCUUCUUCAUGGACUACGUGGGGGUGGCGGUGUACCAGUACGGCAGCGCGCUGGGGCACUUCUACUACGCCAUCGAGCCGGGCUGGCACCGGCGCGUCCGCGGCUUCUUCCUGCCGCUGGCGGCGGCGCUGGCCUGGCUGUCCUGCGCCGGCUCCUGCUACGCCAAGUUCCGCUUCCACCCGCGCAGCGCCCUGCCCGGCCGCCUGUGCCAGGAGCUGCCCUCGGCGCUGGCCUACCUGCUGGACAUCAGCCCCGUGCUGCACCGCAUCGGCUGCGCCGCGCGCCCCGAGCCCGCCCUGCUCUACCACAAGGGCCAGGUGCUCUUCUUCCUCCUCGGCGCCUUCUUCUUCUCCCAUCCCUACCCCGAGAAGUGGUUCCCUGGGAAGUGCCACUUCUUCGGGCAGAGCCACCAGAUCUUCCACGUGUUCCUGGUGCUCUGCACGCUGGCGCAGAUCGAGGCCGUGGUGCUGGACUAUGAGUCCAGGAGGGAGAUCUACUCCUCCCUGCAGGGGGACCUGGCUCACGACUUCUCUGCCCUGUUCCUCCUCACUGUCGCCUGCUCUGUCCUCACAGCUGCCUACAUGGCCCGGAGGGUGAAGAACAAGCUCAAGGAAGAGUAAAGAACAAAUAAUCUCAGCCCAAAUCCAGCCCCAAGCCUCCAGAUGCUGCUUCAUGAACUGUUACUCAGCAAGUGCUUUCUCUAGGGAGUGAAAGAGAUGCUUUUAAUGCUUUUUUAAUCCAGCCUAAGUUCCAGCUUGCUCAUAGAAUGGUGCACGGGUUCAGUUCGCCUCUGAAUAAACAGUUGGAACGAAAUGUUUUGUGUGCCCUGAUGGGCUGGGGAAGGCUCUGGGAAGCUGCCAGGUCUCCCAGCGAGAGAUAAGGAGAGGCCAUCUGGCCCCUGUUAGACUCCAAACCACGGAAACAGACCAAGCCCCUGAGUGCCAAGCUCAAAGCACCCACCCGAAUUCCUGGGAGGAGGCACAGCCAGGGGCUGCUCCCACAGCCUGGCACCAGGCAAAGCACCAUCCCCACCUUCUUCAGCCCCCACACAGAUGAAAAAGACAAAGAAAACUCCAGGCCGACUCCCUGCACCCCAAAUAAAGACUGGGAGGACUCUGGGGUUCCUCUGGCUGCCUGUCCUGUGAAGAUCCUGGCACUGCCACAGCUGGAGGGAGCCUGGGAAGAGCCCCCUGGAGCUGAGCAGGGCUCAUGGAAAACACCUCAGCAUCCCCUGGAGCUCCAAGGGGAGUCUCAGAGCCAGGACAGAAACCGAUGUGGGGCUGGGGAGGAUUCCUGGUGCUGCCAGGGCUCAGAGCACGGCGGGACCAUCACUGCCAGGAACAAAUCCCAGUUAAUUCCUGGAGAAAGGGCCUCAGGGAGCAGGAGCCCACAGCCCUGGGGCAGAGCGAGCUCUGGGCUGGGUUUUGCUGGCACUGAGAACACAAAUCCUGGCCCAGGGGCUGCUCCCAGGGGGGUUUGCUGCUCUGCCCAGAGCCCAGUGAGAGCUCAGCCCCUCGGGGAGCAGGGCCAGGUGCUGGGGGGAUCCUGCAGGCAGCUCUGGGGCCAGGACUCCCAGGGGAACAGGGACACUGCCCCCAGGGCCAGGGGCAGCCCCAGGCAGCAGCUGGAGCCAGGCUCUGAGCCCCUGUUCACUCAGGACUCCCAGGGCAACAGGGUCAUCAAACACUGCUGAGGGAGCCCAGCCUGGCUGUGGGGCUGGAGUUUAGGAUGGGACCCCAUUGCUGCAGCCCCUCUUUGUUCUCUGAGCCAUUGCUUUAAUCCAAAUAAAACCUUGGGGUUUUGUUUCUAAGGGUUUGGCUGUUUCAGUCAGGCCCCAAACUCCACCAGAUGCUCCUGCAGAGGAGCUUUGUGGGGACAGGGGCAGUGAUCACAUCCCCAGGGGCUCUGGGGGUGCAUCCAGGACAGGAGGAACUCUCCCUAAAACUCAAAUUCUUCCACCUCCCUUCUCUCUUCCACUCAUUUGGAAGGUGGGGAUGAUGAUUUAAUUUUUCAAGGAAAUCAAGGUGGAUUAAGGAAGCCCUUGAAUAUCUGGGAUCCCACCCCCCAGCCCAACCCCUGACCCCAUCAAUGACUCCACAGACCACUGGUGUCUUAUUAAGGCUCCAUUUUAUAGAAAGGAAAAAAAAAUCCUAUUUGAAACACAGCCAUGAGGGGCAGUGCAGGGAACGUGGAGCUCUGAGUGAGGGGGAGCUGCAGCCACAGCCAAGGCCAAGCUGCUCCUUCCCUGGGCUGCUUGGCCCUUUGCACUGGUGCAAGGUCAAUAAAGAGACCUCUGGAAGGUGAAAUAAAACACAGCUUGGGGAUACAGGGACUGGAGAUGGGACAUUAAAUUACUGGCAAGAAAUUAAGGCUGUUCUGUCAUGCAACUGUGGCUGAUCUGUGAGAAAAAAAAAA